CGAAACCGAUUGCGCCAAUCUACUGCUCAACCACAAAUCAAUUAAGCCCCAAUUCCUCAUCCUCCCCAAACAAGCAGCGCCAUGGCUCUCUCUCUAUCCACUUCAUUCCUCCACAGUAGUGUCCACGCGCCGCCGUCCCUCAAAGCCAAGGUGAAGGGAGCGGCCGGCAACAGUCCGGCGCGGUGGAGCUGCCGGAAGAAGGACAUACACCCAGAGUUCUACGAAGACGCCAAAGUUUACUGCAACGGUGAGCUGGUGAUGACGACCGGCGGAACCAAGCAAGAGUAUGUGGUGGACGUGUGGUCGGGCAACCACCCGUUCUACCUCGGCAGCCGCUCGCAGCUCCUCAUCGACGCCGAUCAGGUGGAGAAGUUCCGGAAGAGAUUCGCAGGCCUUGACGAGAUUAUGGAGAUUCCGGUGCUCAAGGGGGAGAUUGUGAUUCCCCCUAAGAGAAGAUCUGGAAAGGGCAAAAAGAAAUGAAUUACUCUUGCUGCUCUUCAAUUAAUUUAGGGUUUCGAACUGUAAUUGUUGAAUUUUUGUGAAGAAAAUAUGGGGAAAAUGUGCCACAAUGAACUGAUUUAUCUGAUCUUGAUUGUGUGUUGUUUAA